CUUUAAUAUAUAAUGUAAUAAAAUAAUAAUGACGAGUAUUGUUCUGCACAUGGACAUUACAGCUAAUAGUAUACAUAAUUAUAUUAGCAUAGCAGCAUAUUCGUAUCUCGUAAUUAUUUAUUGUUUCGCAAUAGUGUGUCAAACUUUACUAUUUCUUCAUCUUCAUAUUACUCGCUACGGUUCUAAUUUACGGAUUCUUAAGCAAUUUUUGGAGAAGAGAGAGUAAAAACUAAAAAGAAGGGUCUAUGUGAGAGGAGAGAAGGAGAGAAAAAGAGAGAGUUUAUUGCCUAAAAAGGAAGUUAUCAAGUAAUGUGAAACUUCCCACAAUGAAAAGUGUAGCGAGUAUUAUAAAACGGAUAAAGUAUAUUGUUAGUUUACUGUGCAUGCAGUGCGUGACUACGCAUAACAGAACAUGCGUCCAAUUAUUAGUGAGAAUAACUAACCAAAAAAAGAAACCACUUCCCAAAAAAGAAAUAAAAAAACCUACUUGCAUAAAACCCUCCUUAGUCCUUACAUACUUUCACAUUCACUCAUCCAUGGAGGAAUUUACGAGAGAUAUCUCAUUAAUGAGUACCUUACACAUCGACAUAAUCUUCCUCAUAUUUUCACAUUUACCCAUAAAAUGUCUUGUUCGUUUCAAAACUGUUUGCAAAUUAUGGUUUUCCAUAAUCAGCAGCUCAGAUUUCAUCAAAUAUCAUCUUCGUCUUAAUUCUCUAUCCUCCUCUAAUCAACUCCUAAUCUUCUCCACUAAUCAUAAACAAUCUCUUUACGCCGUUUUCUUCAACUCUAUUCAAUCUCCUGCUAUGAAACUUAGCUUCUUCAAUGAAGAUUUAUCUUUCUCAGGUAUUGCUGGCUCUUGCAAUGGUUUGCUUCUUUGCAAACUCAAUAGUAAAACUCAAAAUCCUGAUGUUUGUUUGGUCAAUCCAUCUACGUUUCAGUAUAAAGUAAUCCCAAAGUUAAAGAUACCCAAAAAUUAUUUGCAUAUAAAUUAUGGGUUUGGAUAUGAUUUUAUAAGGGAUGAUUAUAAAAUUGUGAGGAUUGUUAAUUUUGUAUAUGAAUAUGCUUAUGGGUCCAUUUCUAAUGUUAGAGAAGUUAUGGUGUAUAGUUUGAGAUCGGAUUCUUGGAAGUUUCUUGAGGAGAAAGUCACUAAUCAUGUUACUUUAGCUUCUAGAAAUGGAGCACUUGUGAAUAAUCAUUUGCUUCAUUGGAUGUUUUGGUGUACUUCCAUGAAUGAACAUCGAAUUUCGAGCUUCGACGUUUCUAAUGAGAAGUGGGGUGAGGUUUCCAUGCCUAAUUGUUUCGAAAAUAGUGGUAUAAACAGGGAAAAUAAAAUGAAUUGGUUGAUAUGUGAUGGUGAUGACAAAAAACUUGAUGUUGUUGAUCUAGGGGUAAUAGGUGGGUGUUUGUGCUUAUUGACUAAUAAUAGUAGGAGGGAUUCAGGUGAUAUUGAUGUAUGGAUUAUGAAAAAUUAUGGCUUUAAAGAAUCGUGGGUUAAAUUAUUUCAUGUUGAGGAUUUUGAUGUUACCCGAUCACUGAAACUCGCCCCAAUAGCUUAUUUCAAAAAUGGCGACGAGAUAUUGCUCAGGCAAGACAAGGAUUCGAAUGUUUUCUUGUAUAAUUUAAGGGAGAGGAAAGUGAGGAGUGUUGAACUUUUAAGUGUGCCAGAUUACUAUGGAGUGAGUACCUGCAUUCAAAGUCUUGUUCCACUUGAUGGUUAGAAUAAGGGUUGUCAGUUCAAUUAAUUGGUUCAGUUCUGCUCGAACCAAACUGUUCAUUUGACUUCUGUUCAGCUGACUUCAGUUCAUAUUUUCCAACUAAAUUAAUUCAGUUUAAAAAAAUUUCAGUUUCAGAUUUAAUUGGCUACAAUUUAUUUAGUUUUCAUGUUAAUUAAGCUCAGUUAAAUUUGUCUUCUGGUUUGACCCAUACAGUUGCAGUUGAAACUGUUCAUUAUUUACCUGCUUAUUCAGUUCGAACAAUUAUUUUUUGU